CCGUUUUGAGUCCAAAACACAUUAAGGAAGCGCUGGAAGUGCUUGAAUAUGAUUAUAAUGACACCAAAUCGAUGGACAUAACCGGCGGUGACAGAGAAGGAGAUAAUAAAUGGAAGAGUGGAAUCGCUUUACUUAAAGGCCAGAUAUACGAGGCGUUAGACAAUCGGAUGAUUGCCAUCACUUGUUUCAAAGACGCCCUCAAAUACGAUGUCUUUUGUUACGAAGCCUUCUAUUCAUUAACUCAACACCAAAUGCUUACAAGAAAUGAAGAGGAGGCGAUCAUCGGUUCCCUAGAGUUUGAGAAUCAAUGCACUAAAGAUGAGACCAAAUUUGUCAGAUUUCUAUACGAAUCGCAACUCAAAAAGUAUGACAAACCCGGAGACAUAACGGUUCCCAUUGAGUUCUCAAACAUCCUCUACGAAAACGUUGAUUUCAUGACAACAUUAGCCGAAAGACAUUACUAUAACUGUGAAUACCAACAGUGUUUUAGGAUUACUUCUCAAGUUUUAACCCGAGAUCUCUAUCACACUCAAUGUCUUCCCAUUCACUUGUCAUGUCUGAUGGAACUCAAGAAAACGAAUGCGCUUUUCGAUUUGGCGCAUAAACUCGUCGAUCUCUAUCCCGAAAGUUCGUUGUCGUGGUUCGCCGUCGGCUGUUAUUACCUAUUGAUCAACAAAACAGACGCCGCGCGACGAUUCCUAAGCAAAGCGACCACUUUGGACAACGUGUUGGCUCCGGCGUGGCUUCUGUAC